AUAUUCAUGGUAUAUGCCCUGUGGACGGCAAGGACACAAAGCUUAGAUGGCGCCAAAUCCGGUGAAGAUAUUAAAGUUACACCCACAACUGCACCCGAUGAAGAUAUUGAAAUUAGUGCCCCAACUACAUCCGAUGAAGAAGACGGCGAUAAUAAUCCCCUGAUCGUGGGGAACCUUAGUCUAUGUCAGAAUGUGGUCGACAAUGUGUUCCUGCCUUUUGUGGGUGAUUGCAACAAGUACUAUCUGUGCCGAUCCGGCAAAGCCAUUGAGCUCAGGUGCGAGUGGCCCUAUCAGUUCGAUGCCGCCACUCAGAGCUGUGUGAAUCCUGGCAAGGCGAAUUGUUUACCCACCUGUGAGGCUUUUAAGUUCAGUACUUUUGGCUACCAGCGCACUUGCACCAAGUAUGUGCUCUGCUACUACGGCCAUCCUGUGCUGAGGGAGUGCCAGGACGAUCUGCAGUACAACUCUAAGACAGACCGCUGCGACUUCCCUCAGAACGUAGACUGCGUCGAGUCGGAGUGCUCCAUAUACUUCAAUGCCUACCAUCUGCGCUACGUGCCCAGCAAAAGUUCCUGCGAAAAGUACUUCCUUUGCGGCAACGGAAUUCCCACGGAACAGACGUGUGCCACAGGGCUACAUUUUAGCACUAAGUGCAAUUGCUGCGACAUUCCUUUGAACUCCAACUGCCAGAUAUCCCCUCAACGAAGACUAACCUAUCAUCGGAUUUCCCCUAAGCCGUCUGAAGUGAUCUGUCCCUCCGAAGGUGUCCACUUUUAUGCCCACGAGACACGUCCGGACGCCUACCACUACUGUGCAAUGGGCCACGGCCUGAUUCUGGAGUGCUCACAGGGAUUAUGGUUUGAUCCUGCGGUAAAGGAGUGCCGUGAACCUAAAAACGCUAUGGCCAAACAGUUGAUGGCACGCUGCGCACUAUCAAGGAUGAAUUGGCGAAAUACCUUGUUUUUUCUUCUGACACUACUAACGAUGCGUCGUGCUAGGAGCGAGGAUGACCUGGUGGUGGCUCCUGCACCCGACGAUGAUCGUGAUGCCGAAAUCUCCGAAGAUCAGUACGACAUGUAUAAUAAUACUCAGAUCAAUGUUUGCCGCAACAUCGCUGAUGGUGUUUAUCUUCCCUAUGUCGGGGACUGUGCGAAGUAUAUUGAGUGCCAGAACGGCACCAUACACGAAAUCGGUAGUUGUCAGGAAAUCGAGGAGAAGUCACCGUACCUUUGCCAGGAUCCGGAGCUACCGUGCGAAUUGGGCUUCGAUCCUGUGUUCCAGGUGUGCACCUGGAGGAGCAUGGUCCAGUGCUUACCCACAUGCGAGCCAUUCGCGAUGAGCAGCUUCUGCUACGAUAACACCUGUUCCAAAUACGUCCUCUGUUACUACGGCCGUCCAGUGCUCCGGGAGUGCCACGACAACCUCCAGUACAAUAACGCCACCGAUCGUUGCGACUUUCCACAGUACGUGGACUGCGUGGCCAACGACUGCUCAGCCACCGACCAGCCGGAGAAUAUAAUUUAUCUAGCCAGCAAGGCCUCCUGCUCCAAGUAUUUCGUCUGCUCCAACGGCCGCCCCUGGGAACAGGAGUGCGCUCCCGGCUUGGCCUACAAUCCUGAUUGCGAGUGCUGCGACUUCGAAGAGCAUGUGAAUUGCACGAUCGAAGCGAAGGUCAGGAACAUUAAGCCUUACUCCCGCUCACCGUUGCGACGUGCGGACAUCACUUGCCCAAAAGAAGGAGUCUUUUUCUACCAGCAUAAAUCGCGUAAGGACGCCUACUACUACUGCGUUGAUGGUCGUGGUGUUACUUUGGACUGUACGCCAGGACUGUACUACGAUCCCAAGGUGCAGGAUUGUCGCGAGCUCCAAAACAUUGGCCACUAA